CUUAUCUUAACCCCCACACUCCCCGCUUCUACUACAUAAACCCUCCCUCAUCUCUAUCGAAAACACCAUGGAUCCCUACCCUUCUUCUUCCAUAGCCAAAAAGACCUGGGAACUCGAAAACAACAUAAUACCUAUCGACACAGCAACCCCGACAACAACAGACACUUCUUCUUCUUCUUCUUCAUCGGACGCGAUUUUUUACUUCGAUGAAGCAGCACAAGCGAAGUUCCAGAAAGAAAAACCGUGGUCUAAUGAUCCGAAUUAUUUUAGAAGAGUGAAGAUAUCUGCACUUGCGUUGUUGAAGAUGGUUGUACAUGCUCGAUCAGGUGGGACUAUUGAAGUUAUGGGAUUAAUGCAAGGGAAAACUGAUGGGGAUUCUAUAAUUGUUAUGGAUGCCUUUGCUCUUCCUGUUGAAGGGACUGAGACGAGAGUUAAUGCUCAAGCUGAUGCUUAUGAGUAUAUGGUUGAUUAUUCUCAGACUAAUAAACAGGCUGGACGUUUGGAGAAUGUAAUUGGGUGGUAUCAUUCACAUCCUGGCUAUGGAUGCUGGCUUUCGGGUAUUGAUGUUUCAACCCAAAUGCUUAACCAGCAAUUUCAGGAGCCGUUUUUGGCAGUUGUUAUUGAUCCAACAAGAACUGUCUCAGCUGGGAAAGUAGAGAUUGGGGCAUUCAGGACAUAUCCAGAAGGAUACAAACCUCCAGAUGAUCCUGUUUCUGAAUAUCAAACUAUUCCUCUUAAUAAGAUCGAAGACUUUGGAGUCCAUUGCAAACAGUAUUAUUCUUUGGACAUCACAUAUUUCAAGUCUUCUCUUGAUUGUCACCUCUUGGAUCUUUUGUGGAACAAAUACUGGGUGAAUACGCUUUCAUCUUCACCUCUCUUGGGUAAUGGAGACUAUGUUGCAGGACAAAUUUCUGAUUUAGCUGAGAAGCUGGAGCAUGCAGAGAAUCAAUUGGCACAUUCUCGAUUGGGACCAUUAAUGACUCCUCAAAGAAAGAAAGAUGAAGAAUCUCAACUUGCUAAAAUUACUCGUGAUAGUGCUAAGAUAACUGUGGAGCAAGUUCAUGGCCUAAUGUCGCAGGUUAUCAAGGACAUCUUGUUCAACUCCGUUCAUCAAUCAAACAGAUCUCAGACGGAGCCAUCUGGCCCUGAACCAAUGGUUGAAACCUGAUUGAUGUUGAUUUCCUCCUUGGUGCAGCAACUGAUGGAUGUUCCUUUUUUCUGCAGAGCAGGUUAAAAUUGAAAAUUGACGGUGAAAUUGGAAUUUUUUCCUUCAACUUUAGAGGCAGAUGUAAAUCGUAUCAGCUUCCUUCAUUGUUUUAUUCGGAAUUUAAGCUUUUGUUUGUUUUGGCAAUUUACAUGUCUUCAACUCAGUGACAAGGUAAUUUAAAUAUAGGAACCAUUAACAA